UCACAUGGGUAGUCUGAACAAGCUGCUGACCAAUUCUAAGGGAGAACAAUAGCACGUGCAUCAGGAAUUUCUGCAAUUUAUUGAGAACAAUCAUGUAAGCCCAGAAAUGGAGAGUCUCCAAAAUGAUGCAUACAGAUAUGACUUACUACUGGAUAUUACUCAAUACUGCACAAUUCCACCGCCUGUUGAGGAACAGACAAUUAAGAAGACCCCGCGAGAAAUCUUUCCUUCUUUAGAACUGGUGCCUCUAACACCGCCAGCGAUCCGAUCGGCUCUGCUCAAAUGGGUUAAGAAGAAAACUCUUCUUUCCUCCAAAGCUGCCAGAGAGAUGGUUUUUACCAGCAUAAGGCAAGAAGCUGCUUAUUAUUACUCUCUGGAGACUUUUGCAGAGCACAGGGCUGUAUGCACCCGGUACCAACCCCACACCUACAAGAUCCUCCGCACGUCUGGGCCCAAGGACAGGGAGGAACCAGCACCCUGGGAUCUUUCUGCGUCUCCAGCAAAAAUGUUCCAGAACCAGGUCCAGUAUAUCCGCAUACCAGGCACAGAUGUAGUGAAGGGCUGCCCAGGCUGCAGGGGACAAAAAUGGACACCGUGCAGUUUCUGCCAGGCCUCUGGCAAAGUCAGGUGCCCCGUGUGUCAUGGGUCCGGGUGGAGCUCCAAGAGGAGACUGUGCUGGGGCUGCAACGGACAGAGGCUGGUACCCUGUGCAGCAUGCAUGGCCCUGGGCAGAGUGUGCUGUGAAACAUGCAUUGGGAAGGGACAGCUGGGCUACUUUCAAGAACUGAGGGUGGAACACAAAUGCAACCUCGGCGAUCACAUCCACAGUACUGCCAAUAUUCCCGGGCACCUGCUGCCCUCGGCUCCCGGAGAGGUUCUUUACGAGUCCACAGCCGAGCAACUGCAUGGCUUUUCCACCAGCACCGUAGAUGAAAUUAACAGCAUUUCCCAGAGGCUGGUGGAGGAGUCUCGCAGAACCUGCAGAGACUGCCGGAUCAUUCAGCAGAGACAAAUGCUAAAAGCUGUUCCUGUCACCCAGGUGCAAUACUAUUGGAAGGACAAGUCUGGAACCUUUUUCAUUUAUGGAAGUGAUCACUGCAUUUAUUGCACUGACUACCCAAAGAAAAAGAUUAUUUGUUGCACACAAUGGUUUUAAGUCAGGCAUGUCUGAUUACAAGUAUUACAGUAGAGAAAAGCCCCCCCCCUUUACAAUUAGAGCUUUGAAUGAGACUUUUCCCCACAGCCUUUUUCAUUAGAGAUGGUGCUUAAUGGAAAUAAAGUGACAUUUCUGACACUA